AUGGUUCGACUAACCUUGGAUCUAAUUGCCAAAAAUAGCAAUCUUAAACCCCGAAAAGAAGAAACCACUUCACGAUACCUGAAGAAAAUAACUCAUAUAAAUUUUUCAGACAAAAAUAUAGAUGCAAUUGAAGACCUCUCUCCUUGCAAAAAUCUUACUGUUUUAUAUUUGUAUGAUAACCGUAUUAGUCAAUUGACUAACUUGAAUUAUGCUACAAAUCUGACCCACCUGUACCUACAAAACAACUGUAUUUCAUGCAUAGAGAACCUCACGUCAUUAAAGAAACUGGAAAAACUGUAUCUGGGAGGCAAUUACAUUGCUGUUAUAGAAGGUUUGGAAGGAGUAGAAGGAUUAAGAGAGCUUCAUGUUGAGAGUCAGAGGCUUCCCCUUGGAGAAAAGCUUCUGUUUGAUCCAAGAACUCUUCAUUCUCUGGCAAAAUCCCUCUCUAUAUUGAAUAUCAGCAAUAAUAAUAUUGAUGACAUAAGAGACCUAGAAAUACUAGAGAAUCUUAAUCAGCUCAUAGCAGUUGACAACCAACUUCUGCAUGUAAAGGACUUGGAAUUUUUACUGAACAAAUUGAUGAAGCUGUGGAAAAUGGAUCUAAAUGGAAAUCCUGUUUGUCUCAAACCAAAAUACAGAGACAGACUGAUACUGGUGUCCAAGUCACUAGAAUUUCUUGAUGGAAAAGAAAUUAGAAACAUGGAAAGACAAUUCCUAAUAAAUUGGAAAGCAUCCAAAGAUGCCAAGAAAAUCAGCAAGAAAAGGAAUAGUCAAACUGAAGAUGCAAGUAACUCACACAUAAGUAACUUUGAAACAAUGCAUCACAUAGUAGUUUAUUACCUACAGAUGGGUAAGCCAAAAGUAGUUUUUUUCUCUGAUAUACACAGAUACUUUCCAAAUGGAAGUGCAUCUGCAGAAAGCUCCCAAGAAGAUAACCCUAAAAUUAUUGAAGAUCUGGGGAAUCUCUCUUUGAUGGAAUCUGAAAGCUUGCUCACAAAAAGUGAUAUACUUGAAUUUCACUUUCUCUGUAACUCAAAAGUAAAAGAAAAUCUGUUUAAAAUUAAACGGCACACGCUCCACAAAACGGCAGGGUUCCCGCCGCCUCCCGCGGGCGCCUGCCUGGGAGGCGCCGGCGCGCAGGCAGGACCCGUGACCGGAGGCCCGCGGCACAGCCGGGGAACCCGCGAGGCCGCCUCACCGGCCGCCGACACCGCGGACGCUCGACGUGCUUCGCCGGCAGUCGCGCCGCGGGGCGGACGGAGACGGGGCGGACGGAGACGGGGCGGGGGCGGGGCCACGACGACGGCCCGCCCCCUGUGGGUGCGGACGUCUGCGCGCGCCCUGCCGUCGCAGCCCUACAGCGAGCCUGGCCCACACACGCCUCGCCACGGGGGCGCCCGCAUAGAAGGCGCGGCCAGCAGGGGCUGGAGGCGGCUGUCGACUUCGGCGGGACGGGGAUGGAGUGACCUGUGUCGCGCGGCCCUGGCCACUCACACCCAGCUCGACGCUCCUGGCCCGCGCGUGCAGCGGAGCGGAGCCCUGCACGGCCGCUCCGGGAAAGGUGAGGACCUCGGGCCGACCCACCACGCCGCUUGGUCCUCAGGUUUGUUAGAAUAG